AUGGCCCCCCUUGUCUUCCUCGUCACCGGAUCCACUUCUGGCAUUGGUGCUGCCUUGGUGGAUCACAUUCUUUCUCGGGGAGACAAGGUCAUUGCAACUGGCAGAAAGGUCGAGGAGCGACUUGGCCACCUCAAGCCCAAGUCGGAUAGCAUUGCCCUCCUGGAGCUCGAGGUCACCGCUCCAAUUGAAGAGAUCAGGGCCAAGAUUGAGACGGCAUGGAACAUCUUCGGCCACAUUGAUGUUCUGAUGAACAACGCUGGCAUGUCAGCCAUGACAACCAUCGAAGACGCAAGUGAUGCAUAUGUGCAAAACAUGUUCGAUGUCAACCUCUUUGGACCGGUUCACUUGACCCAAGCCAUUCUGCCCUUCUUCCGUGCUCAGGGUAAGGGUUGCAUUGCGUUCACUUCCUCCAGUUCGAGCUGGAUGGCCCUCCCCACAAUGUCCCAUUAUUCGAUGGCCAAGGCAGGUCUCAGUUCUUUCGCAGAAUGCCUUCAUAAGGAGGUCAGUGAUCUGGGCAUUCGAAGUGUUGCAUUCGACUGCGGUGGCUUUAUCACCAACCUCAUGCAGCCCCGUGAGGGUGCUCACGCCAGCCCUCCCGGUGCUGAACCUACCGAUGCAUACAAGCCUCUUCUUGGUAGCAUUAUCGGCAUGUUUUCAAACAACCCCAUGGGUCUCAUGCCAGGAUCACCUGCCAAAGCUGCUUCUACUAUGAUUGAUGUGAUUAAGGGAGAGGGCGUUGCGGCUGGCCGACCAUGGGCUGUCCGAGUUAUCUUGGGCUCAGAUGCACUCGACAGCGCGAGAAAUCGACGAGAAGACGAACUUAAGCUGCUCAAGGCCUGGGAGCCCGUUAGUGCGAGCACCGAUGAACGAAAGUUCGCACCUAGAGAUGAUCUUCGGAAAUUCACCAUUGUCACUGGCACAGAGCAGCUCUAA